UCCUCCAGACAAAUCACUCUCGCGUUAGGUUUGGCCGAGGCGACAAGGUUCGAGCUCAGCACGCGGCGGCCAUGGAGGACGAAGAGCACGAGGUGUACGGCCAGGAGAUCCCCGUCGACGGCGAGGACGUCGACAUGGGGGCCGGUGGCGACGACGCCGCCAAGCUUCACGAGCUCGACGAGAUGAAGCGCCGUCUCAAGGAGAUGGAGGAGGAGGCCGCCGCCCUCCGCGAGAUGCAGGCCAAGGUCGCCAAGGAGAUGCAAGGCGGGGAUCCUAAUGCAACCACAUCAGAAGCAAAAGAAGAAAUGGAUUCUCGUUCUGUGUUUGUUGGCAAUGUUGACUAUGCAUGUACUCCAGAAGAAGUGCAGCAGCAUUUUAAUUCUUGUGGAACAGUCAACAGAGUGACGAUCCUGACUGAUAAGUUUGGACAGCCCAAAGGUUUUGCUUAUGUUGAAUUUGUUGAAGCAGAAGCUAUUCAGGAAGCUGUCAAGCUGAGUGACUCAGAGCUGCAUGGUAGACAAAUCAAGGUAGCGCCGAAGCGGACUAAUGUUCCUGGGUUGAAGCAGCCUCGAGGGGGUCGAGGAUACAACCCAUAUGGCGGCCACCCCUACAUGAGGCCAUAUCCUCCACCGUUUUUCAAUCCUUACGGUGGUUAUGGGAGAGCUCCCAGGUUCCGUCGGCCACGCAGGCCCUUCUAUUGAAGUACUCGCUCUGAUGGAGUUUGUAACCAACACACGGACACUAGUCUUCUAUUGUCAGCGAGAAAAUCCAAGCUCCUUAUACUGUGUUUCGUUGUUUCACAGUUAGAUGUGAUGGGUAUCUGUCAUGUACCGUGUUGUGUUCACAAUGUUUAAGCCAUUGCAUGCAGCAGCAUUAUGUACUAUUUGACUUAGCAAUCAUGUUAAACAAUAUAUUUGACUGUAUGUGGAUUAUAAUUUGUUCCUCUAGAUGAGGUUUUCCCUA